AGGGGGGGGAAAGGCAGGAAAGUUGGGAGCUGCUGGGAAGUUUGGGAGCAUGGCGGAGCGCUGAGCCGCCGGCAUGGCGCGCUGGAUCCCCACCAAGAGGGAGAAGUACGGGGUCGCCAUCUACAAUUAUGAUGCUGCCCAAGACGUGGAGCUGUCCUUGCAAGUUGGCGAUACUGUUCACAUCUUGGAGAUGUAUGAAGGCUGGUAUCGAGGCUACACACUCCGAAAUAAAUCCAAGAAGGGCAUUUUCCCGGAAACAUAUAUCCAUUUAAAAGACGCAAUCGUGAAGGACCGAGGACAACACGAAACAGUGAUUCCAAGUGAAUUACCCCUUGGACAAGAACUCACUUCUACACUGAGGGAGUGGGCAGUUAUCUGGCACAAGCUUUAUGUGGAUAACAAGACAACGCAGUUUCGGCAUGUCCAACAGAUGACUUAUAGCCUGAUAGAAUGGCGGUCGCAGAUACUGUCUGGGACCCUUCCCAAGGAUGAGCUUGCCGAACUCAAGAAGAAAGUCACUGCUAAGAUAGACUAUGGCAACAGGAUCCUAGGUUUGGAUCUGGUGGUACGGGAUGACAAUGGGAACAUCUUGGACCCAGAUGAGACCAGCACAAUCUCUCUCUUCAAGGCCCAUGAAACGGCAUCCAAAAGGAUUGAUGAAAGGAUCCAGGAAGAGAAGUCCCUGCAACAGAAUUUGGACCUCCGAGGGCAGCCAAUAUUCAACACAACGCAUACCUACAGCCUAUAUGUGAACUUCAAAAAUUUCGUCUGCAAUAUUGGAGAGGAUGCGGAGCUGUUAAUGAGCCUCUAUGAUCCUGAUCUUUCCAAAUUCAUCAGCGAAAAUUACCUGGUUCGUUGGGGCAGUAAUGGGAUGCCUAAAGAAAUUGAGAAACUAAAUAACCUUCACGCAGUCUUUACUGAUUUAAGCAGUUCUGACUUGAUCCGACCGAAGAUCAGCUUGGUGUGUCAGAUCGUGAGGGUCGGGCAUAUGGAGCUGAAAGAUGGGAAGAAACAUACCUGCGGACUCCGGAGGCCCUUUGGUGUGGCAGUGAUGGACAUAACUGAUAUCAUACAUGGGAAGGUGGACGAUGAGGAGAAGCAACAUUUUAUUCCAUUUCAGCAGAUUGCCAUGGAAACAUAUAUCAGACAGCGACAGCUAAUCAUGUCCCCACUGAUAACUUCCCAUGUGAUCGGAGAAAAUGAGCCCCUCACUUCUGUCUUCAACAAAGUCAUCGCUGCAAAGGAAGUGAAUCAUAAAGGGCAAGGUCUUUGGGUCUCUCUGAAACUGCUUCCUGGCGAUCUAGCGCAGGUUCAAAAGGAUUUUUCCCACCUUGUAGACAGAUCAACGGCUGUGGCUCGCAAAAUGGGAUUCCCUGAGAUAAUCCUUCCUGGUGAUGUUCGAAACGAUAUCUACGUCACCCUGGUACAAGGGGAGUUUGACAAAGGGAAGAAGAAGACUCCCAAGAACGUAGAAGUCACCAUGUCCGUCUAUGAUGAAGAUGGGAAUCUCCAAGAGAAAGCUAUCCAUCCUGGUGCUGGUUAUGAAGGUGUCUCCGAAUACAAGUCUGUUGUUUAUUACCAAGUCAAGCAACCUUGCUGGUAUGAGACUGUAAAGGUGUGCAUUGCAAUAGAAGAAGUCAGUCGUUGCCAUUUAAGAUUCACUUUCCGUCAUCGGUCGUCACAGGAAUCUCGGGAUAAGUCUGAGAGAGCCUUUGGCAUGGGCUUUGUGAAGCUGAUGAACGCAGAUGGGACAACACUGCAAGAUGGCAAACACAAUUUGAUUGUUUAUAAGGGUGAUAACAAGAAAAUGGAAGAUGCUAAAUGCUAUUUAACUCUUCCUUGUACCAAAACGGAGGUAGAGGAGAAGGAGGCCCCCUCGGGCAAAAACCUGCACCACUUAGCCAACUUCACACCCACUAAAGAUAGCACAAAAGACAGCUUCCAGAUUGCCACUUUGAUCUGCUCCACCAAACUCACCCAGAAUGUUGACCUGCUGGGUUUGUUGAACUGGCGUUCAAACUCGCAGAACAUAGCUCACAACCUAAGGAAGUUGAUGGAAGUGGAUGGAGGAGAAAUCGUGAAGUUUUUGCAAGACACUCUUGAUGCACUUUUCAACAUUAUGAUGGAAAUGUCAGAAAAUGAAACCUAUGACUUCCUUGUGUUUGAUGCACUGAUAUUUAUUAUUUCUUUGAUUGGAGACAUCAAGUUCCAGCAUUUCAACCCUGUACUUGAAACUUAUAUUUACAAGCACUUCAGUGCGACCCUGGCUUACGUGAAACUCACCAAAGUACUGAAUUGUUACGUAGGAAAUGCUGAUGACUCCAGCAAGACAGAAUUGCUGUUUGCUGCUCUGAAAGCUUUGAAGUACCUGUUCCGAUUCAUUGUGCAGUCACGAAUAUUGUAUCUGAGGUUUUAUGGGAAAAGUGAGGAUGGAGAUGAAUUUAAUGAUGCUAUACGCAAGCUGUUUCUCUCCUUCAACAUCCUCAUGGACCGGCCUUUAGAGGAGGCUGUCAAGAUUAAGGGUGCAGCUUUAAAGUAUUUGCCAAGCAUCAUAAAUGAUGUCAAACUUGUGUUUGACCCUGUUGAGCUCAGUGUCCUCUUCAGCAAGUUUAUCCAAAGCAUUCCUGACAACCAGCUAGUUCGACAGAAGCUAAACUGCAUGACCAAGAUAGUCGAGAGUGAUCUGUUUAAACAGUCUGAAUGCAGAGAUGCUCUCCUGCCGCUGCUCAUAGAUCAGCUAAGUGGCCAGCUGGAUGACAAUUCAAACAAGCCUGACCACGAGGCCUGCUCGCAGCUACUUAGCAGCGUCCUUGAGGUUCUGGACCGGAAAGAUGUGGGACCCACUGCUGUCCACAUCCAACAGAUCAUGGAACGCCUGCUGAGGAGAAUAAACCGCACCGUGAUUGGAAUGAGCAGACAGUCUCCUCACAUUGGUAUUUUUGUGGCCUGCAUGACAGCCAUCCUGAGGCAGAUGGAUGAUUUCCAUUAUAACCAUUACAUCAAUACUUUCAAAACCAGGCAGGACAUUAUUGACUUCCUGAUGGAAACAUUCAUUAUGUUUAAGGAUCUGAUUGGAAAAAACGUCUAUGCAGCUGACUGGAUGGUCAUGAAUAUGAUGCAGAGCAGGGUUUUCCUCCGGGCAGUGAACCAGUUUACCUCUGUACUGAACCGUUUCUUUCUGGAUCAAGCCAGUUUUGAACUCCAGCUCUGGAAUAACUAUUUCCAUUUGGCAGUGGCCUUUCUUACUCAUGAAUCCCUCCAGCUGGAGACCUUCUCCCAAGCCAAACGCAACAAAAUUAUCAAGAAGUAUGGGGACAUGAGGAAAGAAAUUGGCUUCAAAAUAAGGGAUAUGUGGUAUAAUCUGGGUCCCCACAAAAUCAAAUUCAUUCCAGCAAUGGUUGGCCCAAUCCUGGAGGUAACACUGGUGCCGGAGCCUGAGCUACGGAAAGCUACCAUUCCCAUCUUCUUUGAUAUGAUGCAGUGCGAGUUUAACUUCAGUGGGAACAGAAACUUCCAUAUGUUUGAAAAUGAGUUAAUAACCAAGCUGGACCAGGAAGUGGAGGGUGGCCGAGGAGACGAACAGUACAAGAUUUUGCUGGAGAAACUCCUCCUGGAGCACUGUCGGAAGCAUAAAUACCUGUCUACUUCUGGAGAAGUGUUUGCUUUGCUGGUGAGCAGCCUGUUGGAGAACCUGCUGGACUACAGGACAAUCAUGCACGAUGAAAGCAAGGAGAACCGCAUGAGCUGCACUGUUAAUGUGCUGAACUUUUAUAAGGAGAAGAAACGAGAGGACAUUUAUAUCAGGUAUCUAUACAAACUCCGCGACCUGCACACGGACUGUGAGAACUUCACAGAAGCAGCAUACACUCUCCUUCUCCACGCAGAGCUGCUCCAGUGGUCCGAGAAGCCCUGUGUCCCUCACCUCCUGCAGAGAGACAGCUACUAUGUCUACUCACAGCAGGAACUCAAGGAAAAGCUCUACCAAGAAAUCAUCUCCUUCUUCGACAGGGGCAAAAUGUGGGAAAAAGCCAUUCAACUCAGCAAAGAGUUGGCUGACAUGUAUGAAAACAAAGUCUUUGAUUAUGAGGGACUUGGUAAUCUCCUGAAAAAACGAGCUACUUUUUAUGAGAAUAUUAUGAAGGCGAUGCGACCCCAACCGGAAUAUUUCGCUGUUGGAUACUACGGCCAAGGCUUCCCCUCUUUUCUCCGGAAUAAGAUCUUUAUCUACCGUGGCAAAGAAUAUGAACGCAGGGAGGACUUCAACCUGAAGCUGCUGACCCAGUUCCCUAGUGCUGAGAAGAUGACCAGCACUGCUCCUCCGGGAGAAGACAUCAAGUCUUCUCCUAAACAGUAUGUGCAAUGCUUUAUUGUGAAGCCUGUGAUGAACCUGCCACCUAAUUAUAAAGAUAAACCUGUUCCUGAGCAGAUCUUAAACUACUACAGAGCAAAUGAGGUGCAGCAGUUCACCCACUCCCGACCGGUCAGGAAAGGAGAGAAAGAUCCAGACAAUGAGUUUGCUAAUAUGUGGAUAGAAAGGACAACCUACACAACAGCGUAUUCAUUUCCAGGCAUCCUCAAGUGGUUUGAAGUCAAACAGAUUACAACGGAAGAGAUCAGCCCCUUGGAGAACGCCAUAGAAACAAUGGAGCUAACCAAUGAGAAGAUCAGCAACAUCGUCCAACAGCAUGUUUGGGACCGGAGUCUUCCUGUACAUCCUCUUUCUAUGCUCCUGAAUGGGAUUGUGGAUCCAGCAGUCAUGGGGGGAUACACCAACUAUGAAAAGGCCUUUUUCACAGAGAAGUAUCUUCAUGAACAUCCUGAAGAUCAAGAUAAAAUUGAACUGCUUAAGCAACUGAUUGCUCUACAGAUGCCGUUGUUGGCAGAAGGGAUUAGGAUCCAUGGUCAGAAGCUGACGGAACAGCUGAAGCCUCUGCAUGAGAGGCUAACGACCUGUUUCAAAGAGCUGAAGAAGAAGGUGGAGAAGCAGUACGGUGUGAUAACCUUGCCUCCUUCUCUCACUGAAAGGAAACAGAGCAGGUCAGGCUCCGUUGUAUUGCCUUAUAUCAUGUCUUCCACGCUGAGACGGCUCUCUGUCACAUCCGUGGCAUCUUCUGUGGUCUCAACAUCUUCCACGUCAUCUGAUAGCACUUCCUCCAGACCAGGCUCAGACGGAUCUAUUCUGGAGCCUCUCUUGGAGAGAAGAAUAUCGACAGCUUCCAGAACCGAGGAACUACCCAUGAAAGAUGAUGGUGAUAACCGGAUUAGCAAACUCAAGCGGAAGGACUGGAGUAUUAGCAAGUCUCAGGUUAUUGUGGAGAAGGAGCCAGAAAUGGAACUGACCUCCAAAAUGGGCACAUCAGGAAAAGCACAAAGGCCAAAGAGUCUUCAGUUAGGAGACAACAGACUGACUUUACUUCAGAGUUCAUCACUCCAGCAAUCAGCGUCUCGCAGCCCACCACCCAUCACUCCCAAAACCCCAAGAACUCAAAGUUUUCCCUCGUUGCAAGCCGAUGGAUUGGCAACUGCUGGCUUAGCGAGCACCCCGCCUCCACCUCCCCCCAAGAGCAAACCCUAUGAGAAUAGCAACCCUCGGAAUUCUGGGGAGAUUGCCCCACCGCUACCCAGCAGACGUGAAGCCAAACCUCCCCCUCCACCCCCAAAAACCAGAAAAUCCAGCGUUGUCUCUUCAGAGCAAGGGUUGCAGUGAGAACCAUCACUUGCUGGUGUCCUACGAGCGCCUAGAGUGAAGCGGCUGCUUUCUUUCUACUGACAUUCUGGGUCUCUCUAACAUGAAAGACUAGAGAUCUCAUCUGCCAUUCCUUUCACUCCCCAUGGAGUUUUCUUCAGGAAACACCAAAAGGAACUGUUAUUGUGACUGUGUAUUACCAACCUCUGGUUUACCUUUCCAGUACAGAGACACUAAUGACAUAGCAGAAGUUGCCCUACUGGAAUUCUUGUCUGUCUUUAGUCCUGUCCGCCCUGAGGCUUUUCACUGAUGCCAUUUCAGCAGCUCAUUCCUGGUGGAAAUUGGUGACGGUAGUGAUUUGCACCAGUGUUUGAAGGAAGGUGAGCCAUACCAGUCCAAGAUGUGUCCUUACAGUAUUUUCAGCCAAGCUCAUUUCAUCCUUGCAGCCUUAUUGAUGCACGAAUCCCUCCUUCGGUCCCGGUGGUGCAACCAAACCCUGACGUGCACCAACGGAAACGUCUCACAACCAUCUUAAGCUGUGAAACAUCAGCUUCCAAGAUGUCAGGUGCCAGUGUGUGAUAUGCAGUCUCCUAAGAUUCUUGAUUGCAGGCAGAGACCUGGGCGUUGCGAGCAGAAUAAGAAGCCUUUUUUUCUCCUACUCAUCAUAUAUAUUUAAGAUGAAGUGCAGACGUUUUGCCUUACACAUCUCUACUCGAGUAGUGGCAGUUUCUCACUCCCAACGGAGAGUUCAGGUUCACCAGUACUUUGUCAUGAUUUCACUGUUGAUUCUGGUUUUAACACUACAGAGCAGUUGAUAAUCCUCCCUGAAUUACGUUACCUACUUGGUUUGUGCUUGCAUCAGGGACUCAGUACAAUUAUUUCAUCCUUGUGCUUUUUAAUAGGGUGUAAAAAGUUACUUCUGUGGAUAUGGGAGAAGAAUAGAAGCUGCAUUGAUACCAGCACUGUCCUGGUACCAGCAAGUUGGAAAGGAUGUAAAAGUAGUUAUAAAUCCUUGGAAACAAGGUCUGAGAGUUGCUGUAACCUUUACUUCGACUGGGCAGAUUCACAAAUACAAAUAAUUCUCAUCCUCUUCUUUUUCUUGCACUUUAGUUUAUAACCUCCCUUGAUCUGAGUUUUUAACAGCCACUAGACCUUAAGGAGCUAUUUACAUCUGGGAGCACGGGAAAGACUUGGCAAUUAACCACCUAAUUAAUCCAUUCCUUGGAUUACUCCACCUCUCUGCAGCUUUUCUUUCCUCUGAGGUUGGGCUAUUUAUUUUUCCCUCUAGUUAUUUAUUCACUGCUCUGUCUGUAUGUCAGCAUCAUUUCUAUUUGUGUAGAGAAAAAAUGACACGAUCUUAAGAGUUUAGUGGUUUUAAAUUCACGGGAUCCAUGCAGAAGGCGGCUGUUAGAAUAGCCUGGCCUUAGAGUUGCAUAGUGACCAAAAAUUCAGCACAAAUAUUGUUAUUUAUGGACCAGUCUGACCUUAAGACACAGCAUUCCUGAGCUGCCACUGGAAUCUUGCUGCUAAAAACAAGGACAUCGCCAUUUGUGGUUAAUACUCUUCAUGUUGGUACAUCCGUUUUGCGUCUUGCAGGGCUGCUUGUCUGAAAGCUCCUCGCCCUGAGGUGGUGACAGGGAGUUUGUGCAGUAAGACGAUGCAGUUUAAACUUCUUUUACAGUGUUUUUCUACUCUUAGGAGAUGUAGAUGCCUCCAAAGGUAGUUCUGCCAGCUCUUUUUCUGCCGUGUGGAGCAGGAUUUCCCUAAACUGCCUGUCAGAACUAAUGUAUUUUGAAGAAUUUCACUGUUUUUGUGUAAAACUCAACUUAAACUUUCUUUAUACAUCCUAUACAGUUGGAGCUGCCUGUUGGUGUCCCGUUCCCCACUGCGGCAAACCCAGUGAGGUUUUGGGGGUCUCUUGAUUUGUAAGGAAUUAAUCUCUUCUUGCAUCUAGGCUGGAUGUUUUGCCGUGCUGUUCUGCCUCUGCCUGGCCUGUUUAUAACACGCCUUUUGUCGUGGCUGCUAUUUUUCGCUGCUGUUUUCCAAGGAAAGAUGAAAAAUCACUCCUCGCUGUUGUUCCCUUUCACUAUGGAACUUGGGAGUUUGCCUGCAAAGUUCAGAUUCAAACUUUGAAGGCUCAAAGUUUCUUUAAAGAGGGAUGGGCUGAGGAAUUUGGAUCCAUACACAAACCUAUCCAAAGCUUUGGGUGGUUACUUACAGCUCACAGCCUACUUAUUUGUCAUCCCUAUCGAUGAAGAUUCCAGCGUGGGCUCGCUCUCUUUGGGAGAUAAUUUUGCUUGUUAAUUGUGAUUUAGCUUCCGAUUAGCUGGUAGAAGCUGGGGAGAACCUGCUGAUCACCCGAGUAAAUACAAAUCCUCUUGGGUUGGGGUUUUCUGCAGGCACUGCACUGUUUUGCUGCUUGAACCUUACAUGGGUUUCAGUACUUCACUGCAAAGUUGAAGUUCAUUAAUGAAAGUUUUCUCAGCAAAGUCUUUUUCGGGGAAAAACACACCCGAUGAAUCCCCAGGGUGUUUUUGUUCAGGCUGAAGCACUCCUUUCUUUUGCUUUUAUACUUUCCUUUCGCUUCAGUGUGACUCCAGAUAAAGAAACCGCGCGGAAGCUGCGUUUCCUUUGCUGCCUGCAUGGUGCUCUCAAACAGAUUGCUUCCACCGAAGGGUCAUAUCGGAUUCACAUCACAAAACAGGUUGGAGGCACUUCAGAAGCUGCGCUGCAGUCACAUCACAUCCCCCGCAGCCCCGUUAUACAGCUGUCUGCCGGGCUGCUGCCUUCUCCAGGGACAUCUGAAACCUUUCUGGACAACUUGACCAUGGUUCACCCUCUCUCUCUGGUGCAUUGUAGGGCUUGUCAGCUCCACGGUAUGUCCGUGGACAUAGAUGCUGCUUGACUUGAAAACCACAGGGUUUUCUUGUCUUUCAUUUUCUGUCUACUUCUUCCUCCGCUUCUAACCACUGUCUUCCUUCAGCUGCACACGUGAACUAAAGGAUCCUCUGAAACUCCUCACUCGAACAAGAACUUUUUUGUGCUUGCUGAGAACGUUGCUUUAGGCAGAAGAGCAGGAUGUGGUCUGAAUUGUAGAGAAGUCUGUAUUAAUACCGCCUAUUGUUAAUUCAGUGCCUUUCCCCCUUCCACAUCUGCCUGUUCCUUCCUUCUUGGGUGCAUUUCCUUUCCAGAGCAGGUUUGCUUUCAACUCCUUUGGGAAGUCAGCAAAAACAAAGGAGGCUUUGCAGGGAUCCCAGCUAAUAAUUUGUCUAUUGUGGGUAGACAAACCAGCUAUUUGGUUUGGAUAUUUUGGUUCCAAGUCACUUUUGAGUCUUAUUUCCCUACCUGUUUGAUCUGCUUUGAUAACCUGAACUCUUAGAUGUAUCUACUUAGCACGUAAGUGGUUAAUUAACCUCUCCUUGCCUUUCAUUCCUUGGAUUCUGUGGCUGCCAGUCAUUAGGAAUAUGAGCUGUUGCUUUCUUUCCUUUAUCCUCAUCCUAGGUGCUAAGAUCUGAGCUAGCCAGAUGCCCGAGUCGCUGGGAGAGCGAGCAGGGUAGUGGCUGAGCCCCAUCCCGGUGGAAUUGGAGCAGCGGCUGAAACAGGCAUUUUAUUUAUAUUAUCUUUGGCUUUUACCAACUCCUUAAAAAGCAGCAAAGAGAUUAUUCUCCUGCCUUGCAAUUGCACUGUCUCACCUGGCAGAUUCCUUAGAGUUUAUCCAUGUGCUAUCCGCGGCGUUCUGGCUUUUCUUCCUUCUCCUUUUGUUGCCUGGCUGGUUGGAAGCUGUUGGAGCUCAGGCAUUACCCUCGCUGGAGAAAAGGAAUGGCCUAAGGAGCACAGAGGAAGAUUUCCCUUCCCAAUAUUACUUUGGGUGUUUGCUUUGGCCAAUUUUCUAUGCCAGAAAGGAGUUAAAGUCUGAGGGUUUUUUUCUUUCUUAUUUAUUUGUCCUAGAGUCUAAAGUGCUGUAAACUCUUCUCGCUUUCCCUUCUUGCUCACCAACAGGCGCUCCGUUUUCUUCAAGAACUCUGGACGUGGUGUCUGAGGAGUUAUGUUCUCAGCUGAUAUAAUUCAGCAUCGUUUUUGUAGAGGUACAAGAAAGCAUUUCUGCACUGUGCCUGAACAGUUUAGGGCUUUGUGCCAGCUGUAGAAAGAAGCAUCGUCUUCUAAAUGUCACAUUUUUAAAGGCAGUUGGGUAUUUAAGUGCGAAUAAGCCUGGAGCCUGACUGAUUUUAAUUAAGUGGAAUUAAGUGCCCACACUCAUGAGAAAUCCCAACAGACCCUUGAUUUUAAGUGUUCGGCUCUUUGCUAUGGUACCUACUUGACUUAAGUUCCGAGAUUGGAUUUUCAGAGUCAAUUUAAGAUCUCACUGCUGACUUUUCCAAGUGAGAAUCAUCUUUCCGUGUUCAUUAGAUGCUUUGGGAAAUGUCAUCUAAGGUCUUUUAAACUGGAGAGUUGAAAAUGAGAGUAGGAGAGCCCAUAAUGAUGUUAUCUCUGGACUAGAAAUGAAAACAAACUGUGGUGUUUCUACCCAGUUCCUAGUUUUGAAUAAAACAAAUCUCCAAGCUGAAUAUCCAGUCUGCAGAGAAGACAAAAUCUAAUCCUAUUUCACGGCCGUGCUGUUCAAAGCUAGUGUUAAAUUCCGAAUCUUAGAGGGUUUUUUUAUUUCCUUUGGAGAAAUACGCUCGACACUUGUUUUCUGGAGCUUUUAAUUAAAAUUUGUCACACUGUGAUAAAUUCCUUUAAAAAUGUUACAGGCUUUAAAUCCGCAUCAGGGGAAGAGAGAAGCAGACAGCUUUCCAUUUCGGUGGAUUAUUGGAUUAGGAAAGGACAGCGAUUCCAGUGAGAACGGCUCUGAUCUGCAAUGACAGAAAAUACUGUAAUGUAUAUACAGUGGGUUUUGAGAACCUGCAUCUGUCUAAUAACCAUCACACUCUGCAGCCCACUGUGUUCCACAGAUUAACAGUGACUUAGGCUUGUGAUAAUGGCUCAGAUUUUCUCUCUUUUAUUUAUUUUUGUAACUGUAAAUGGAAAUAAUAAGUUCAAGGUGUCUGUAAUUUAACUGCUAUCUUAUUUUUAUAGUGAAAACAUUCCUUGACCCAUCACUGCUACUUUCUUCUCAUUAAAAAGUUCUCUGGUUUACAUUCGCUGUUGCAGACAGAAUUAUGUAGUAAAGCAGGGUGAGCUUUUCCUACGACUACAUCGGAAAGAAAGAGUAAAUAAUACGAUUUCAUUGAUUGAAAAGCCCCUUUUCUGCCAGACAAAAGCAAAUUGAGCUUUUCCUACGACUACAUCAGAAAGAAAAAGGAAAUAAUGGGAUUUCAUUGAUUGAAAAAACCCUUUUCUGCCAUGCAAAAGCGCAUGAAGUUCCCCUGAUUCUGCUUCUAUUAACAUUAAAGGACGUAGAGAGCGUAGAGGAGCUUAACAAAAGGCGAAAAGCCUCUGGUUAUGCCGUAUUGGUUGGACUGUUCCAAUUUGAGGCAUUAAAAUCCUUGGCCGUGCAGGGCUGUAUACUUUAAACCUGUUUUUCACACGCCUGGUCUGCAGGUUUUGUGUCUUUUAAACAGAGGUGCAGGUCCUCAGCAGCUCUGAAAUUCAACUGCAGUGUGUAUGGGCUUGAAUCGAUUUAGUUUUUCUUUGUUGGUAUGACAAAGGUUUGAUGUGAUAAACCUUGGGACGUGUUUGUCCUGAAUUCAGGACAUUGUGGAUGUUGUGUAACGUGGUUUUGUGAGCGUUUUGAGAUCCUGAAUGUGAUGGUUUAACUCUAAACCCCAUCUCUGCAGACUGCAAAUACCUUUUUUCCUCUUUCUUUUAGUCCCCUGCAAUUGAAUCAGGAAAAAAAAUACACUUUUUAAGCUGGCUCCGAAGAAGGAGCUGGGCUUGGGAAAGGGAUCUUUCUGGGGAAAUGCUGUGUGAUUCACUGUCUGUAAAGCGAGGUGUAUAAAUUUUUGUGUUUUUUAAAAUGUAUUAACUAUUGUAAAGUUUGUAAAUACCUUUUUAAAAUAAAUGUAGUUUUUAUGAGUGA